CCCCAGGUCUUGUAAGAACGCCUCCCAACUUGCGCACCCCUCUCGCACCCCUCACCGCCCCGUGACGCCGUCGCCCGGGCUGUUCCAUGAGUGCUGUCAGGUGCAUGGCCAUACCCCACCCCACCUUCACCCCACAUCCCCCGUGGACCGCCGAGCCCGCGGAGGUAAGCAACCGAAACGGGCACGAUUUACUCAGUCUACGAAUAAAGCCGUUCCGUUGUCUUGAUCUACCCUUAAAUAUUUCCUGAUGUUGUACUCGUUGUACUGUCACUGUACGACCUGCACGCGUCUGGGUGGGUGUGGGUUUGCCUAUCAUCGCUGACCACGUUGCCUUUUCGUCACAAUCGACUAGGCAACCCACUCGCACGUCUGCAUGCGAUACAGAAAAACCACAGACGAGAUAGGUGUACAAGGUAAAAGUGACUACUUUGAGACUUCUGCUUGAAAACCAUUCAGUAAAUGCUCGGUUUCUACCCAGAAAUGUUAAUUUACAAGCUUCCGCGUGGGCAACCCCGUAUGUUAUACACGUCUCGUACCCGACCACGCAUAGAUACUCCACACUUCUAGGUGCUCUCUGUGGCUCUGUAUCUAUCUCUUCUCCUUGCCCUUCUGCUGACCCUCUUCAUCAUCUCGUUCACUUUCUCCUAUCUCUCUUUUACUGCCCUUUCUCUUGUGUGUCAUGAGAAAAUGAAUAGUUUCUUUUAGGAAAAAGUGGUUAUUUCUACAGGCUUGGGUUCUCGGCGAAUGUGUGUUGACCUUUGCGUGUUUGAUAUGCAGGAUGAUUGGGGCGAUGCCCGCAGUGGCCGUGCGCCACGAAAGACUCAAGCAACAGAAGCGCGGCAAGUGGCCCUCCAGCCUGGCGCUGCAGACUCCGCUCACUAUCUCAGGUGACCGUCCGCCCCACCGUCCCUGCCGCAGCUAAAGCCAAAUCUGAGGGCUCACCAUGAUCGGCGCCAUGCCAGCCGUGGCCGUGCGCCACGAGCGCCGGAAGCAGGAGCGGCGCCACAAGCGGCCGUCGCAGCUCGGCAUCCAGUCGCCCCCGGCCGACUCCCUGGACAACGUGGGCCUCGGGCUGGGCGUGGCCAGCCCCGAGCCGCUGCAGUCGCCCCUCCAGCAGGACGGCCGGCAGGAGUACUACAUCUGCGGCAAGGUGUCGGUGCUGCACCUUGUCGUGGUGUCGCUGCUCCUCGGCGCCAUCCUGGUGAUCGUCGGCUUAGUGCAGCUCACCCCCAAUGCGGACGCGAGCCAGCACCGCUACCUUCUGCUGGGCGGCGGGGGCGCCAUGCUCAUCUUCGGCAUCCUGCUGGCCGUGCUCCGCUGCUGCGUGCUGCCCUGGCGGCAGCGCCGCCUACCCGGAAUGGCCGCAACCGCGCAGGCCCCAGGUGGCGGUGCAGCCGCUUCUGAGGCCCCAGCGUCGGGCUCCGGGUCAGGAUCGGUCCGCGAUGGCAGUCGAUCACGCACAAACUCCACUACAAAUGGCCAGGUGGCUCGCCGAGCCUCUGCAGCGCUAGGGGUGUGCACGCCGACUGGAGCGCAGCGUCGCCGCAGCCUCCUGGAGAUGGAGCGGGGCAUGACGCUGCACGGGCUGGCUCACGGCGCGGGCGGCGCGGCGCCACUCGGCGACCUGGAUGGUGCCGAAGCCGAGGACCCCGAUGAUGCCCAGACCCGCGCCGAGAUCCAGAACCACAUGAACGAGAUGACCGCGGCCGCACCUGCUGAGCUGGCCGCCACCCUCCCCGUCGCACUCACUGGGGCCCCAGGGCCCUCGCCGACCCCCGCCGGGGCCGAGGCCGGGGCCCCCGCCACGUGAGCAGCGGCCCGUGGACAGACGCCCGGAAGGCGCGUCGACCCACUGGAAGGUUAUUUUCGUCGUUUCUUUGGUUGGCCGGGACGAGGGCUGGCGUCAUGCUGUGUGCCCGCCUUUAGGCCCACCCACGCCGGUGCUGCAGCGCUGCUGUGCACGCUGCUGCGGCCCUUGGUCUUGGUUUGAUGCCCGGGUCCGGAUUGCAUGGAUGAUAUCUUCCGCGAAGCAUAUUUAUUUUUGAAGUCUCGCGGCCUGACCCGCCUUGAGUGUCACCGCGUCACUUCUUGUCACCGACAUCUUUCUCGCAUGAUCUUCUCACACACGGCAGGGAAACCCCGAGCGUCUGUGCGAACGGGCGUUGGGUUACACAGGGCAAAGAGUGGGUGGCAGAGCUCUACGAAAUCGGACCUUCUGACAGGCGCGGAUUAAGGGGGGGGGGGGGCGAUCACCUAGUGAGCCGCCUGAAAGGUAGGCAAUAUGAGCCACAGAACCCCUGUAAGUAGGCAACCGACAGUGCAUCGCCCCCUCCCCUGUCAGCCAGACCUUAAUCCGCGCCUGCCUUCUGACGGACUAAUUGCUUGUCAUUGAGAAUUUGGCGGGAAAUCUAUAUGUUCUCGCUUGAGUCGAAGGGCUUACUUAUUAUUUUAAGUCGUCCCAAAACGUGAGCAAUGAUACAACAGCAGCCUACCCUGAGCCAAAAGCUACGCUGAUUUCAAAUGUUUUCCCUCGGUUUUAUUGCAAGACAGGCCGCUUGUUCCAAACAGGUUCACAGCGUCAGAAAACCUACGAGAACGUUACUACCCUCUGAUGACGUAGACCAGGUCAUACUGAACAAACCAACUCGAAAUAAGACUUUUGCCUGCGAUUAUUUACUGAGGAAGCUAAGUAUACUUUAAUAGCAUGUAACUGCACUUCUUAAAGCCAAUUAUGUUUGCGACAAGAGGAGAGAGAGAGGCUUACUAUUUUUAUCCUAUACUUUCUUUGCCAAAGGAUAUUGAAACUAUUGUGUUACAUUAUAGUUUUUAAGCAUUAAUUUUUUUCCAAUUGAUAGUAUGAUUGCAGGAGAAACAAAUAAUAACUCAUCAACUUACUCUGUAGAGUGAUGACUAAAUGAUUUUCUGUUCCAUGCUUUAGAAUUAUAGAACCACUUUAUACUGUAAUAAGUGUCUCUUCAUAAAAAACUGAGUCUAAGCUGCCACCGUGUUAGUAUUUUUUAUCAGAGAAGCUGUGGUUCCGUUACUUUUUAUAUUUCAAACUGUGCACCAUUCCUGUACACAUUCCUGUACAAGAGUUAAACCUGUAGAGGUUCAAAUGAAACCCAGCAGCUAACUGUCUAAACUCUCCUAGAACUGACAUAGCUAAUUAUCAUAGAGCUUGAGUCAGUGAUUCUUUAACUGUAUGAGAUAUUUCCAAGAAACAAAGAGUACAAAGUGAGCUGACUUUGAGUUCACAUAAAAGCGUUCUCAGUCCAGCCUUGACCAAAGCAUUGUAAAUUAUAUUCGAUUCCUCAGUUUGUCAUAUUCAAGCUAAUCCCUUUGCCAAAAAUAUACAUACAUAUCUUACUUACAUAUUUAAUCAUAAGAAAAUUGUAUAAUGACUUUGGCCAUUAAAAUUAUUCCCAAUUGUUAAAUUUACUUAUAAGGCAACAGCAAAUAUUCAAAUUGCUUUCACUGUUUUAUGCAAUGGUCACAUGAAACAACUUCUUGUGAAUGUUCUUCUUUACUUUGGUGUUACUUUUGAAGGAGCUCACAUCUUUUUAUUAUUACAUGUUGUCAGAGUAAUAUGCCCAGAAGUAGUUGUACAUUUAAUCCAAUUUCAAGUACAAGUGAAAGUUCUGAUGUCUGUAUUUACAACCCUGUUGGUUUUACAGAUUUUAUGAACUGCUUCUAAGAGCAGAUUUUCAUCCUUCAUAUUUAUACUGGCCACUGACUAAGGUCGUAUGCCUAAAAUCAGAUGCACAAUGGGGCCCAGACCCACAUGUAAUAUACUUUUAAAGAUGUACAUACUACAGUAUAUAUAAAAAUAUUAUAUUAAGUAACUCAGCUGUGAAUUGACUUAUGACUUGUUUCUGGAUUUAAUUAAUGUUUGGAUAUUUCUGUGUGAUGAUUUUUGGCAUCUAUUUGACAUGGUUAGAUCAGUUUGUUUUGUACUACUAAACCAACCCUCUAAAUUGAAGUUGUAAAAUACUUAAACAAAUUAUACACUUAAACACAAUUCUUUCUAACGUAAGAAAAAGAGUGAAGAAAAGUAAGCCAUGAACACGGGAUUCUUCCUCCACCUCCCAAAUAUAAUACAGAACACAAAAAUAAGGCUACUUUGUACACACGGAACUGUUCAGUGGAUUGUAUACAUUGACAUUGGCGAAGAAAUGCAGUUAUGAUGAUGACUGAAGGUGAAGAUUAAUAUUGCAAAAUUGUAGAGAAAGGAGGAAGUUCCUGAAACAUGUAAUGGGACCAUCCAUACUAUUGUCUGACUGCCCUCAACUGUGUUACACAAAAAAAGUAUUGUACAGGAAUGUCCAUAACUCAAAAAUACAUUGUUUUGCCUUUUUCUUGUAAA